UUCAAAUUUAAUCACCCAGCGGUGCUUGCACGCUGAACAACCGCUCCCCAUAUUCCCUUUUACCCUCUCCAUUGCACCACCACCUUGGCUUGCUUACCUUCCAUCCCUCCUCCAUGGGAAACUUUGUUUCCUGCCGGACACUGGAUGCUGGUGGCGGGAAGGUCGUGCUCUUCGAUGGGACGAUCCAUGAGUUCGACCGCCCGAUCUCGGUAGCGGAGCUCAUGCUCGAGCACCCGAGGCAGUUCGUGGUCGACAUGCAAUCGCUCUCCGCCGGCGCGACCAAGGUGACCCCGUUGCCGGCCGACCACACGCUGGACACCAACAAGAUCUACCUGAUGCUCCCUAUGACACGCAGGAAGGUGUCGGCCGACGAGGCCCGAAGAAUCCUGUCGCUGGCUCGGUCGGUGCUGCGGUCGCGGUCUUUGCCGUUUUGGGCGAAGAACCAUGGCCUGGUCCCUGGCAUUUGCAUGGAAGGUGUGGGUGAGAAGGAAAAGGCGGUGCCUGCUGGGAGAAAAGACGACAGCUUGAUGGAGAGAGAGGAGGCGGGAGGGGCCGAAGAGUCGCCGGAGGUCUUCGGGGCCAGGUCGGAGUUUCUCGGAAGGACGGUUUCAGGCAAGGGGUGGAAGCCAAGUCUACGUACCAUAGAGGAGAAGGCCUUGGAGAGGAAGGUGUCUCACUGGUUGUUCUGAAGAGAGCGGGGAGUUGACCCGUUAAGAUUUAUGGAGUUUAUGAAGGUAUUUCUUUCCCAGGUGCCGGUAGUUCAGGGUUAUGUAUGUACAAUGAAGAAAUGCAACUGUUUGCUUACCAAAAAAAAAAAAGAAAUGUAACAGUUUUUAGAGUAGCCUCAGAGAUGUACAAUUGGCCAGAGAGAGAAAUGGUUCUCGCCUAUUA